AUGAUAGUUUUAAAAUAUAUUUUUGCUAUCUUGGUUGCUUUUCUGGCCUUUGACAGUUAUAUCUUUGGAUAUGGAAAUUUAAAUCCUAAAGAAGAUUAUUCAGUUGGAAAAAACUACGAAAAUGUUUUUUUAAGAACUAAAGAGGGAUAUUUAUAUAAAUGUUGGUAUAUAAAGACACAAGGGCAAGAACAAAAACCUGUAAUUCUUUAUUUUCUUGGAAAUGGAGGAUUUAUUGAAGGGAAUAUUAAAAUAUACGAUAAGUUGGUUAUGGAAUUAGAUGUAGAUAUAUUUUCCUGUUCAAACAGGGGAUCUGGUUCAAAUGAAGGUAAAGCAACAGAAAUAGAUCUUUACAGUGAUGCUGAAAUGUACAUAAACUAUUUAAAAAAAAGAAAUCCACCACAUAUAUUUGUAUUUGGAAGAUCUAUGGGAGGUGCAGUAGCUAUUGAAUUAGCCCAUAAACAUCAAGACGAUAUAACUGGUUUAAUUGUUCAGAAUACUUUCCUAAGUCUAAAAAAACUUGCAAAAUAUUCCCAUGCGUUUUUGUAUUUUUUUUUAAUUAACUAUAAUCUCAUUAUUAGGAGUAAAAUGGAUAACGAAUCAAAAAUUAAGGAAAUUAAUAUCCCAACCUUAAUUAACGUAUCUCUCAUGGACGAAGUGGUUCCUCCAUUUCAUUCUGAAUUGCUUUAUAAGUUAAGUACAAGUAAAAUUAAGGUCUUAUAUUCUUCAUUAAAAGGAACACAUAAUAACAUAACUAAAGGUGAUGGCAGAAAUUAUUAUGUGACUUUUAAAGAGUUUAUUAAUAAUUCUAUUGCUGCUAGAGAAAAUAGAGAGAGAGAACAGAUAGCAAUAGCUAACUAA